ACAAUCUUGUUCAUGGAAAGUAGCGUCAAUGGAAAUAGAUUAGUAGGAUGGGAGAUUCAUGGGUUCCUUACUAUGAAAGAUUUGGAUAUACAGAAGUUAUUGGAGGAUGCCAACGAAAGGUGGUUCCGGCCGAAUGAAGUUCAUGCAAUAUUGUCUAACUACAAGCAUUUUGGAAUUCACCAUAAACCGGUAAACCUGCCAAAAGGGGGAACUAUUGUGUUGUAUGAUCGUAAAAAGCUAAGAGCCUUUCGCAAGGAUGGGCAUAAUUGGAGGAAGAAGAAAGAUGGGAAAACAGUUCAAGAAGCUCAUGAACACUUAAAGGUUGGCCGCGAGGAGAGGAUUCACGUGUACUAUGUCCAUGGCUUGGAUAAUCCUAAUUUGGCUCGUAGGUGCUACUGGUUACUCGAUAAGAAACAAGAAGACAUUGUCUUUGUUCAUUACCGUGAGUUAGAGCAGGUGCAAAGUUCUCCUAGUACACCUCAUAAUUCAAAUUCUAAUUCAGCUCACUGCUUGAAUGCAUCUGUCCCCAAGGUUUUAGCUGACGAAAAAAGCUGCUGGGAAAGUCAUGCAUCUAACUCAAAUGGUGUCUCCUAUGAGCAGCAGAAUCAGUACAAUGUUAGAAACUCCAAGAGUGAUACAAGUGAUUACUCUCAAGCAAGGAAUAUAACCGUUCAAACCAACGAUUUUCAAAGUGCAACAGGAGAUGAAUCGUCAUCCAUGCUCAUCAAAGAGAGUCUGCAAAAUGAAGAGAGCUUUGAAGUAUUUCUGGACUCUUUUAUGGCUGAUGCCUCAGACCUAUCAGAUUUACCAGAUGACUCUUCAUUAUUAACUAGUCACAAUGAAUCAGGUACAUCGAUGAUAAUGAAUCACCAGUUGCAAACUAUCAAACCAUUAUUCACUAUAACGAACAUCUCUCCUUCAUGGGCUUAUUCAACGGAACAGACAAAGAUUAUAGCAAUUGGAUAUUUUCAUGGAGCAUAUUUACAUAUUGAUGAUACAAGAAUGUUCUGUGUCUUUGGAGAUGUAUGUUCUCCUGCUGAGAAGAUAGCAAUGGGGGUAUUCCGCUGUACAUCAUUUCCUCGCUACCCUGGAUUUGUGAAUUUUUAUUUGAGCCUCGAUGGUUAUACACCCAUUAGUCAGGUACUGAGUUUUGAGUAUCGCUUUCCUCCAGUAGAAAGGAUGGCUUUACUAAAUGAGCAUCCUAAGCAGGAGGAGUUUCAACUUCAGCUAAGGCUUCUUCACUUGCUCUUCUCUUCAAGUAACAUCCUUCGCGUGCUAUCAAGAAAAUCAACAUCAGCUUAUUCAGACACUAAGUUGCUCCCAUCCGUAAGUUCUAGCAUCGACAAAGACUGGGAAUUCCUGAAAGAAUCAAUUCAGCAUAACAAAAUCUCCAUGUCACAAAGUAAAAAUAUGUUAACGGAAUUCACUUUGAAGAGCAAGCUAAAAGAAUGGAUUUUAGAGAGAGUGGUUGAAGGGCGUAAAACAAGUGCUCGUGAUAAUCAUGGUCUAGGAAUUAUCCAUCUUUGCACUCUUUUGGAUUACAAGUGGGCUGUUCAACUGUAUUCACGCUCAGGACUUUCAUUAGAUUUUCGAGAUGCAUUUGGCUGGACUGCCCUACAUUGGGCCGCAUUCUAUGGGAGGAAAGAAAUGGUUGCGGUUUUGUUAUCUGAAGGGGCGGAUCCAAGUCUAGUUACUGACCCCACUUCACAAUUCCCUGGAGGAUGCACGGCUGCUGACAUUGCAUCCAGAAAUGGCCACGAGGGUAUAGCUGCGUAUCUUGCAAAACAGGGACUGAUAACACAAUUUAUGCUCAUGUCGGUCUCUGAAAAUACAACUGGCCCCCUUCAAACCCAAAAAUCUUAUUCAGUGGACCCUAGAAACCUUAGCGAAGAGCAGUUGUGUCAGAAGGAUGCGUUUGAUGCAUACGAGAUAUCUACUGAUGUAGCAUCACGGAUACAGGAAGCUUUCUGGAAGGACCUUGUGAGCAAAACAAAGACAAUGACAAUUCAAGACACUGAAGAAGAUUAUGUGACUAAUGCCGACCUAGCUUCUUUAAGUUUACAUUCCCCAGAAGCAAUUCGCCAUACACAGAUGUUCACGGAAGCAUGUUAUACAAUGGCUGCAAUGAAGAUUCAACAUGCUUUACGCAUCUAUAUGAUACGGAAGAGGAUGAAAGCUGCAUCAAGAAUCCAACACCAGUUUCUUACUUGGAGGAUCCGAAAGGAUUUUCUCAACAAGCGUUUGCAAGUGGUCAAACUUCAGGCUAAUUUCCGAGGUCACCGUGCACGGAAUCAAGUAAACAGAAUUGUUUGGGCUGUUGGAAUGCUUGAAAAGGCAAUUCUAAGGUGGCGUCAGAAAGGAAAAGGGCUUCGAGGACUUAUUCUACCCCAAUCAACUGAAAAUGUACAAGAGGGGAUUCAGGCAGAAUAUGGCCUUCACGAGGACUUCUUUUUAGACAGCCGUAAGCAGACUGAAGAACGUCUCUCGAGAGCAGUUAUAUGCGUCCAGUCUAUGUAUAGAUCGAAACGAGCUCAAGAAGAGUAUCGGAUGAUGAAGCUGAGCCAUGAUAGAGAAAAGUUGGAGCGUCGACAAAUGCAACAGGCAUGUAAAAGUCCUUUAUCUGUCUCAUUGGAAAAGGUGGAGAAUAGGGGCAGUGCACACACAGUAAACAACCUUCUAUGAGCUUGGGCUAGCCCCCCCAUUGGUGGGGGGGGCAGGCUAGCCACUCGAACCCACAGGCACAGCUCCUGUAGACUUGGGACGAUGCUUGGUCAGCCAAUUUUUCCAAAAAAAUACUGAACUCAAGUCUUUUGUACCACCGGUGUGGGACUAAAAUUCUAGCGAAAAUAAUAAAGUUAGAAACUUCCUCUCCUUUCCUCCUUUUAAGUCGCAACCUCAAUUCCUUCCUCGCAAGACCAUACAAAACCUUUUCUUUCCCUCGAUCUCUCUCAUUUCCAUCCUAACUACUCUGUUUUGAAUUCCCAAUUCUCUUCACAAAUUCUCUAGCCAUAUUCUGGUUAAACAUCUCAAAUUUCGGUGAUGCAGCAGCACUGAUCGGCAAAAUUUUUAUUCCCAGGAGUGGGAGAAAGAGCUGAAUGGCAGGUUGAAUGAAGUUUAUUAUGAUUUCAAAAUCUGUUUGCUCAAUCUGAGGUUCAAUUUUGGUUCUUAUAUGUCCAUCGAAGCUCACUCAGUAAUCUUAAUUUCAGGGUCUAGUGAAGCUUGAGAUGCAGAAACGACCUGGGAAAGCUGCACCCAACAAAGGUCAAGAAAGACAUGCUCUAACGUAACUAAUAGAGGUUUAAAGUAAAAUUUGUUCGAACAAGUCUAAAUCCAACAAUCUCCCUUAGGUUUAGAGAAACUAUCCGUUGAAGCACUAAUAUGGGAUUCUGUCUUACUGUACUGAAGAUGAACCGCAAGGAUUCUGUCUUAAGAAUAGCGUCAUUGACAUCUUCAUGACAGAAACAAAAAUAAGUGGUAAUCAGAUUCUCUUAUUUGGGAUGGAUAUCAAAAUUUCUCCCCAAUUCACAGAGACUAUUAUAGUAGAAGACAGGAUUAAGCCGUAAGCAAACUGAAGAACGUCUAGAGAGAGCAGUUAUAUGCGUCCAAUCUAUGUUUAGUUGGAACGAGCUCAAGAAGAGCACUGGAUGAAGAAGUUGACCCAUGAUUGAGAUUUUUCCUAGCACAAUCUUUAAAUGUUAAAACCAUUAUCCUGCUCUUCUAGUUCCUACGUAAAAGUCUUUCAAAGAGGGAUAUUUCAAGCGACUUUCUACUUAAGGAUUACAAAAGCUUAGAGAUGUGCUCUACAAUAGAGUAUCUAGACAGCUUUCUAUCUGAAAAGCAACAGCACUGGCGAAAAAAAAUUAAAAAAGGUGGAGAAUGGUGAUCAG